GUUUCGCAUGACUGAACUGUCACAUUCCCAAAGCCUGGUUUCCCACCUUCGAAGGCCGAUUCUCAAUUCGCAGUUUGCUAUCAGAGUUGUGAGAAAGAUAGCAGCGAGAUUGCAUGGAACAGUGUGCAUAAGGUGUGAAGGCUCGUGUCGUAAGAACAAGAAUCAGUAACCAUGAACCUGAGAAGACUAUCGUUGACACGCUUUGUGGAUUCGCUCGAAUCCGAAAAAUUCAUUGACCCUCGAUCGUUUGAAGAAAUGGAACGAAAGACAAUGGAAGAGAAACAGGGUGCUGAGAAAACCAUUGCCUCCGGGGGACGGCCCUCUGGUAUGCGAAGUGUUGAGGUGGAAGAGCAAUUGGCAGCCUUGUUGCGACAGAAGCAGUACCUGGAACAGCAAGUGGCAGCCCUUCUCCAAUACAUCUCCAAUGGAGACGAUCAAGGUUCGGUGACUUCAGGUGCUUCUACAUUUUAUUCUUCAGUGGGCAAUGAGGACUGUAACCGGACGAUGUCUGAUCACCAAGGGAUAGUAGAGCCUCCUUUCAACGAUGAUCCACCAAAGGGAAAAAGAAAAAUCUCGGCAGAACAUUUGAUCUUCAAGAACGAACCGAAUGACUUUGCGUCAGGGAUUUGGUCCGUCACCCAAGCAAAUGACAAGAAGGACGCCAAACUCGCCCAAAGGCAUGGAUCCAAUUUCAGCCAGCAAAAGGAAUCUGACGACAGGAUGGUGAUCAAGCAUUCGGUCACAGCCGCCACGGCGGAUACGACGAAUUCUGAGGAUUCCCACGGCAACCGUCAAGAGAGGCAGGAAGAGACCCCGGCAUAUCUUCAAUGGUUUCCAAUGGAUGGCGCAGGAGACAAGGGAGAAUCUACAACGUCGAAAACCAAUAAGGAAGACGACGGUUUUUCGUUCAAACCAUGGGGUGCUGAAGUUGGCGGAUUCGCCACAAGCAAAGCAGCGCCGACAUCCGACCAUGACGUGCAUGACAAGACUCCCCUCCUGGAGUAUCUUGCUAGCAAGGCACAGAGAUCUUCAACGGGAGGAGAAACUUCAGAUUCCUCAUCGACACCCCAUUCUUCGAACAAUAAGCCAUACAUUUCCGUAGAUGACGGCGAUGAAAAGGUUUCUUCAAAACGUUCAAGAAGGAAAGGAACCGAUUGUAGGCGUGUUGAAAUCCCCUCACGAGACGUUGAUCAAGAUCCUUGCUUGAUCAAGAUAAAGAAGAAGAGUUCAAAGAGGAUUGGAUGUGAUCCGCAAGAAGCCCUUUUAGAAGAGGGGCGUAGUCAACGAAAGUCCAAGAGAAAUCUUCGAGCCGAACGAAAGCCACAACUCAGUUGCCUAACCGUGUACCUUGUGUCCAUGUCGUUGGUAAUGGGCGUUUGCGCUGCUCUGAUCAUAUACUUCUGCUGGGAUGACGUCGUUGAGGCUCGCAACAGCAGUGCCAACUCUGUAGUUUAUCCGACCUUGUUGGAUCUCGAUUCCUUUUACAAUGACACAAUGCCAAUGUAUGCAAAGCUGGCUAUGCAAGAAAACUCUUUCAGCCCUCAAUCAAGAGCCUUCCAUUGGUUGGAAAACGAAGAACAGAUGCUCACACUUUCGGCUUUGGAAGCCUUACAAAAGUUUGUCUUGGCAAGUUUGUUCUAUUCCACAAAUGGUCACUUCUGGAAGAAGUCAGGCGACUGGAUGGACCACGAUCGUUCGGAGUGCCAAUGGUAUACACAUGAGUUUUCUUCUGUGUGCGACUCUGCAGGACAGUUGCACACCCUCAGCCUUCCGGACAACUCACUGCAAGGCACUCUCCCUGAAGAACUGGCUCUCUUGUCCCAUUUGAACAUUGUCCAGCUACAGAACAAUCACCUCAAUGGAAUUCUUCCUAGUCGCUUCUGGUCUUCAUGGGAUCAUCUGGUGUUUCUCAAUCUGUACAAUAACUCACUCAGUGGUACGAUUCCUCCUGAUGUCAAGCAUCUGGCAAAGGCAAAGCGGCUGAACACUCUGAGCCUCCGAUCCAACGACUUUUCUGGCUCACUUCCCUCUGAGAUUGGGCUACUACAUGUCCAAUUCCUCAGUCUCUCCAGGAACCGUUUUUGGGGCCCCAUUCCGACCGAGAUUGGUCAGUUGUCCAAUGCCAAAGAUUUGUAUCUUUACAACAACCAGUUCUUUGGCACCAUACCGACCACCCUAGGCCUUCUCACAAGGCUAACUAGCCUGGAACUCCACAACAAUGAGCUUAUUGGCCGUGUCCCUCGAGAAGUUUGUGACUUGUGGAUCAAGGGAAGGCUGAAAAGGUUAACUGUAGACUGUGAUUUGGUGAGGUGCUCUUGUGCCUGUGAUUGUAGCGCUACCACGGACCGACUAAUCGGAGACUCCUUACUUGAGCAUGAAUAUGGUGCCAACCUUUGGCCUUAACUAGCUGUUGUGUAAAACCCAAUUACUUCUGUUA